GCCGCCGUAGCCGGAACUGCUGCUGAGCGCGGCGGGCCGGCUUCUCGAGGCUGAGCGGCGGCAGCAUCCGUGCUCGCAGCCCCCUCAGCCGCGCGCCGGCCCGCGGAGGGGACGUGACGGGUCGAGCGCCGGUCGGCCAGCUGCUUCCGAGGCGGACGACCGGCCCAGCGUCGCGGCCUCACUGCAGCCGGCGCUCGGGUGCCGGGGCAGCCGGGCCCGGCUAGUUCUGCGGGCGCCCGGGGAGGCCCCGGGGAGGCCCCGGGAAGCCAGGCUGCUGCCCGGCGUUGAUGAAAAAGGAUGACAGUGAAGUUGGGCGACGGCGGCAGCGGGGAGGACGGGCUCAAGAAGCUGGGCAAGCGGGCGGCCGAUGAGGAGUCCCUGGAAGGUGAAGGGGCCGGCGGCGCAGACGCGGCCGAGGAGAGCAGCGGCACAAAGAGGGACGACAAGACCCCCCGGGUCGGCGCCGACGGCACCCCCGCGCCCCCCAGCGCGCCGCAGGCGCCGUCUCCGCCGCAAGGCAGCCCCCAGGACCAGCACCACUUCCUCCGGUCCAGCGUGCGGCCGCAGAGCAAGAGGCCCAGGAAGGACCCUCCGAACGCCGUGGGGAGCAGCAACGCCGGUGGUCCGGGGCCCCGCGGAAAAGGAGCUGAAGGUGGAGGAUCAUCAUCUGGAAAUGUGUCUGGGGUUGCCUCUGCUGCCCCUGCGGGGGCCUCGCGCUCCUCCUCCCGGAACUUAGGGUCUUCUGGUGGUGAGAAGGAAGAAGGCAAAAAGGUCCGGCGGCAGUGGGAGUCGUGGAGCACAGAGGACAAGAACACCUUCUUCGAGGGGCUGUAUGAGCAUGGGAAGGACUUUGAAGCGAUUCAGAACAACAUUGCACUGAAGUACAAGAAGAAAGGCAAGCCAGCGAGCAUGGUGAAGAACAAGGAGCAGGUCCGCCACUUCUACUACCGAACCUGGCACAAGAUCACCAAGUACAUCGACUUUGACCACGUGUUCUCUCGAGGCCUGAAGAAGUCUUCCCAGGAGCUGUAUGGCCUGAUCUGCUACGGCGAGCUGCGCAAGAAGAUCGGGGGCUGUAUGGAUGAUAAGAAUGCGACAAAGCUGAAUGAACUCAUUCAGGUUGGGGCCACCACUGUACGUUACAAAGGGCGGAACCUGCGGAUCAAAGCGCCCAUGUGCCGGGCCCUGAAGAAGCUCUGCGAUCCAGAUGGCUUGAGUGAUGAAGAGGACCAGAAGCCAGUGCGCCUGCCCCUGAAAGUCCCUAUAGAGCUACAGCCACGGAACAACCACGCCUGGGCCCGUGUGCAGAGCCUUGCCCAGAACCCACGCCUCAGGAUGAUCGUGGAGCUACAUCGAAAGGUCUCCAGCCUCAUUGAGUUCUUGAAGCAGAAGUGGGCGCUCCAUGAGGUGCGAGUUCGGAAGACACUCGAGGAGCGGCAGCUGCAGGACUCCUGCUCCCCACCGAUGCAGGAGAAGGUGACUCUGCACUUGUUCCCAGGCGAGAACUGCACACUGACACCCCUGCCAGGUGUGGCCCGUGUGGUACACUCCAAGGCCUUCUGCACGGUGCACUGGCAGGAGGGCGGCCGGUGCAAGCAGAGUGCCAAGGAUGCCCACGUACUGCCCCCAGCCCAGAUCCUGGGCAUCCAGAGUGGGCAGGGCACAGCCCGGGGCCAGGUGAAAUGCCCUCGGGGCGGAGCUGAGGGCAAGGGUGCGGGGCGGCCCCCUCCUGCGGCUGACGCCUCACAGAGCUCUGGAGAGAGUUCCCCCGAAAGCGCCCCUGGGGAAGGGGCCAUCCUAAGCUUGAGUAGCCCGGACGCUCCCGACAGGCCUCCCCCUAGGCACCAGGACACUGGGCCAUGUCCUGAGAAGACCCCUACAGAAGGCAGGGACAGCCCCAUCCGGGAGCCAGGGGCCUUGCCGUGUGCCUGUGGUCAGCUUCCAGACCUGGAGGACGAGCUCUCGCUCCUAGACCCCUUGCCCCGCUACCUGAAAUCCUGCCAGGACCUCAUUGUCCCCGAGCAGUGCCGCUGUGUAGACAUGCGGCCUGGGAGUGAGCAGCCCCCUCCAGGCCGGGCAGCCUCCCCAGAGGUGCUGGCUCCUGUCAGCAAGGAGCCUGUUGACCUUGCCCUUGCUGGCCCGGCCCCGAGGCCCAGCCCUGGGCUCUUGCCGGAUGUUUGCACUAAAGACUCAGCAGAUCCACCUGCAGAGGAGGUCCAGGAAAAGGGGAGCCCUGCUGAGCCUGCGCUGCCUCAGGGACAGCAUGCCGCCAGACCCCCAAAGGAGGUCCCUGCCAGCCGGCUGGCACAGCAGCUCCGUGAGGAGGGCUGGAACCUGCAGACCUCCGAAAGCCUCACGCUGGCCGAAGUCUACCUCAUGAUGGGAAAGCCCAGCAAGCUGCAGCUGGAGUACGACUGGCUGGGGCCCGGCCGCCAGGACCCCCGCCCCGGCUCCCCAGCCACCACCCUUCACAAGCAGCGCCUCCUCAGCUGCCUCCUCAAGCUCAUUUCCACCGAGGUCAACCCCAAGCUGGCUCUGGAAGCAAACACUGUCUCUACAGUGAGGCCCUCCCAGGAGGAGCAGUCCGCAACGCCCCCAGGGAAGGUGGUGACCGUCAGCUCUCGAAGCCCCCGCUGCCCUCGGAACCAGGCCACCCUCCGCAGCAGCAAGACCUUCCCGCCUAGCUCUGCACCAUGCCCGUCAGGUUUGAGAAACCCUCCAAGACCCCUCUUGGUGGCUGGUCCCGCCAACACAGGAAGCAGUGACUCAGAUGGUGGCCUUUUUGCUGUCCCAACAACCUUGCCACCCAACAGCCGACACGGGAAGCUCUUCUCUCCCAGUAAAGACGCAGAGCUGACUUUCCGUCAGCAUCUCAACUCCAUCAGCAUGCAGUCGGAUUUCUUCCUGCCAAAGCCCCGGAAGCUGCGGAACCGGCACCUUCGGAAGCCACUGGUGGUCCAGAGAACGCUGCUCCCUAGACCGUCAGAAAACCAGUCCCACAAUGUUUGUUCCUUCUCCAUCCUGUCUAACUCUUCCAUAACUGGGAGAGGUUCGUUCCGGCCCAUCCAGUCUUCUCUGACCAAAGCAGCUCUGUCUCGGCCGAUCGUGCCCAAGGUCCUUCCACCCCAGGCCACGAGUCACCUGGCCAGUACUAUCGACUUAGCAGCUACGAGUGCUGGCAUCCUCCCUGGGAACCCCCUCCCUGCCUUGGACACUGAGGGCUUGUCUGGUAUCUCUCCACUGUCUUCAGACGAGGUGACAGGUGCCGUCUCUGGGCAGGACUCCACUGGAGCUCACCAGAAUGGAGACGCCCUCCCCGCCAUGGGGGGCUCGGACCCGUUCGUCAGCAUCCCUUCGAGACCUGAGCAGGAGCCAGUGACAGACAGUUUCCAGGGCUCUUCUGUUCUCUCCUUAUCUGAGCUGCCCAAGACUCCUCUCCAAAAUGGCCUCUCCACACCACUGUCCUCGUCAGAGAGCUCCAGCACCCGGCUGUCUCCACCAGAUGUCUCUGCUCUACUUGACAUCUCCCUGCCUGGCCCUCCUGAGGAUGCGCUGUCCCAGGGCGAGUCCGCCACACACAUAAGCGACUCCAUCAUCGAGAUUGCCAUCAGUUCCGGCCAGUACGGUGAAGGGGUUCCUCUUUCUCCAGCAAAACUGAAUGGCAGUGACAGUUCCAAGAUCCUUCCCUCCCCAUCCAGCAGCCCCCAGCCAAACUGGAUCGCCUCUCCCACCCACGACCCCCAGUGGUACCCGAGUGACUCCACUGACUCCUCGCUCAGCAGCCUGUUUGCAAGCUUCAUCUCCCCAGAGAAGAGCCGGAAGAUGUUGCCCACUCCCAUCGGGACCAACAGUGGCACCUCCUUGCUUGGCCCCAGCUUGUUGGAUGGAAACUCAAGGGACUCAUUUGUGUCCAGGUCCCUGGCUGAUGUCGCAGAGGUUGUGGAUUCCCAGCUGGUGUGCAUGAUGAAUGAAAACAGCAUCGAUUAUAUUUCUCGGUUCAACGACCUGGCCCAAGAGCUGUCCAUCGCUGAGCCUGGCCGCCGAGAAGUUCUGUUUGAUGGUGGUGGAGGCGGUCCCCCUGUCAGUGACCUGUCCCAGUGACCACAUGUCCUGGUGGCAGAUGAAGCCCUCUUCCAGCUAGAGAAAAACAGAUCAAGCCCAGGAGCCCCAGAGGAUGGUCUGAACAGAGGCAUCUCCACACCCAUGACUGUACAACAGGCAGGAAUGUGGUCACAGAGCUGCUUCCCCACAAGCAGCAGGCAGUGGCGUCCCAGGAGACCAGGACGAGCUCUCGGGAAGGGCCGACGUUAGAAAUGGCUGUGGUGCUGGAGCAGUUCUUCACCACGCCCGGGCCCACAUUAGGGUCUGCAUAGUGAUCCCAUUUCAGCCCAAGCUCUGCCUCGAUUGUUGUGUUGGAUGUAAAGGUGGUGGUUCUUUCUGAGACAAGGGAGUGUGUGUGCCUUGGUAUAGUUGCCUCGUGCUAGGAGCCGUGAUCUCCCACUCUGCAGGGAGGCCCAGCUCCUGCUGCUUGAUUUUUGCCAAACCUGUGCCAUGCUUCGGCUGUACCCUCUGUGGAAUGUAACAGGCAGGACAGUUGGUUGUGGCCUGGGCUUGUGUCGCGUGGUGUCGCACCCUGAGGCAGCAAGCGCACAGAUGCUGAUCGCAGGCUGCCGAGGAGUCCUGGGGCCCUGGGCUGGUGCCUCCCCUGUCUAAAGGUUUUGUUUGAUCUCUCUGAACAGGAAGUGGGGGCAGCAAGAGUCCUGUACUAUGCAGGUCGUGUGGAUUUUACAUGGGACCCUGCUAAGCUGGUUCAAAAUGUUUUUCUUGUGUUUUAAGGAUUAGGAGACAUGGAAGAGGAAGAACAAAGCCCCCACGGUAGUUGGUUUCCUUCCUGUGUCCCUUUGCAAGCUUCCAGGUGACCUGAGAUGUCAUUUGUCUCUACUGGGGUGACCUCUAAGCACUAAUAUGAUUACAGCAAAAACUUUCCUGAUAAGUUCUGAAACUCGAUCCGUGACUAUUUGGCACUUAGGACAAGUCCACCUUUGCAGGGAAAGUGUCUCGUGGGCAUGGGUGUGGGCAUGCCUAACACGUGUGUUUAAUCCCUUCGUACCUUUGCCCUAAGAUAGCUGAGUCUCCUUUCCAUUUGGGACACUCACGCAAGGGCCCAGACAUCUGGAUGUGGUCGGACGUCACCAAAUGUACGCCUUCAUGGUGGUCUUCCUCCUUGCACCCCCUGAGGUGGCCAGCCUUCCUACUGCAGACUGCCCAACAUCCAGUCUUUCCCAGGAUGGAGCUAACAAGGGCCCCUUUGCCGUCUCAGCCUCAGGAGUUCCAAGCACAUGAGUCACUGUCCAGCCGCAUCCAGUAUGGCUUGGAGCUGCUACAGAGGUGUUGGGCAGGCUAUGCCUCUGCCGCCAUCUCUCCCUUCCUGCCUCAUCCCCCACAGUAGUCAGGAUUGAUUGUGCUUUCCUGACCCACUUGGACCUACUCUUUGACUCUCCACCAUUCCUCUCCCCUCACAAAUGUGGCAUGUAAGGUCAGCCCUGGCCCCUCCCCUGUUUCUCUCCCCCUCCACAAUGGAGAAGGUGAAAAGAGGGGAAAUACCUUGGGUGUGGACAAGCAGGUGGACACCCUCCAUCCUGCAGUCUCGCCAGUCCACCACAGCCACUGUAGACCAUUGGGAGGAUGUGGAGAGGACAGUGGGCUUCCAGGCAAGAGCUUCCUUUUGUCUCACGAGUUUUUCUUAGAGUUCUUGCCUGAGCUGGCUUCCCUCAUUCAGACCUUGACAUGAGAUCUUAAGCAAACAGUCCCAAAGCUCUUGGAGGUGGAAAAAAAACAUGGUGCCACUUGAUUGGGAGAGAGACAGUAGUGUUUGAGCUGCAGCAUCUUUAAACUAGCUUGUGUUUUGUACUUAAUAGAUCAGCUUCCAAAAUUAGCAUCUCAUGGAGCCAGAGAAAGACAAGUAGAUCUCCCUCUGGGCAUCUGACUUUGCUGUGUCAGGGUUAGGCUACCAAGCCGAGUUUAGACCACUGCUAGCUUUUUCAUACUCCCGUGGGCGAGACCAGAGAUGCCAAGUCUUAACAGCAUUGAGCUGCAUGCACUGUGCCAGGGACAGCAGGGUUCAUGAACUGCCUGUCAGGGCGCCUGUUACUCCCAAGUGGGGUGAAGCUUUGAAGUCAGGGUCUGCCUUGGUAGACUCUUUAGACAGUAUCUACCACUUGGUUCUGCAGGGUAGAACCAAGCAAUGACUGCAGCCAUAUGGCCACCCAGUGGGUAGAUAGAUGGGUUAGGGAGGAGGACAGACUGACUCCUCUCCUGUAAGAAAGCUGACAGGGUGUUAGGGGAUUCUGCUUCUCUAGUAACUAGACAGGUGAUACACAUUUGCUUGCCACGUUAAGGGAAAGUGAUGUCAUUUGUUGGAGAAAAACAAUGGAUGCAUUUUCUCCUCGCCUAAAUGAAUACUGAUGUACAAAAAAUAGGCAAAUGUUAAUGGCUGGAAUUUUGAAAGAUCCAAACAGAGAAGUCUUCCACUUCCUGUAUCUUCUGCCUUUCCAAAGGAAGCGGCGAUCAUCUCAACAUGAGCCUGUGGCUUCCUUUGUGCAUUUGAGCAUGCUAUAAUUAAGAUGAGAUCAGUUCCUUAGAAAAAGCUUUCCCAAACUCUUAUGUUGUCUGGGAUCUUUGCUGAUCCGCCUUUUCUGGAGAUUGGGACAGAGCGUCUGUGGUGCAGGGAAGUUAGUCCUCUGGCCUCGACUCUGUUGUGGAUGUGCAGUGAUGAGCGAGCAUUGUGUGCCUCCAAGGACGCCGAAUUCAUGGCUUCCUGGCUGUUUCGUCCUUCUGUGUCUUGUAGCUGGAGGGUGCCAGUUCAAGGAGUGGGGUCUUGGCGGCGUUUCUGCAGUUGGUCUCCUUGCUUUGCCCACCACCUCCAGGUGCUGGGCAUCAAAGGCAAUGACCUUUUUAGUUUAAUAGCAUCUUUUUUUUUUCUUUUUUUUGAGACAGUCUCACUCUGUCAUAG